UCCAGCCGCCGGAAGCAUGGAUGCCUGGAACGGCGAGUUAUUCGACGCCAUCCCUCUUUCCGGCCUCCGCCUCACGUUCACCGGCGGCGGACGUGCUCUUUGCUCCUACCGCGUUCAUGCGUCUGUUGCGGACGAAGAGGGGAAUUGGCAUCCGGGGGCGAUUGCGACGGUAAUCGACGAUAUCGGCGCGGCGUCGAUCAUGUCGGUGGUCGGAGAGAUUAAGAUCUCUGUUGAUUUCAGCAUCUCGUUCUUCUCGCGUGCUAAGAUCGGCGAUGAAGUCGAAAUCGAGGCGAAGAUCGCGGAGGAUAACGGGAGGUUGACGGCGGUGGUGAUUGAGCUGCGGCAUAAGGAAACCGGCAGGUUGGUGGCGAUUGGCCGGCAGUGGAUGUCGUUCUCACGAGGGUUCCGUCGGAGCAAUUUGUAAUUGGGUAAAUUACAUGUAUAGCACCAAAAAUAGCACCAAAAACUUAUAUAUAUUUACAUUUAUGGCUCCUAAAUCAUUUAUAUAUGAUGUGUGUGUAUGAUUAGAUAUACUCGAUUUUAUUUAUAUAAAA